AUGCUGGCUCAGCUCAAAUCUCGAGAAGCUCUUGAAAGAGCAGUUGCCGAGACAACAAAUGACGUGAAUACAAUCUAUUUUCCAUUUUCAAUCCAGGGAUUUCUGGAAGAUAGCUUUCCUGAAUCUCCGAUAAGAGUGUUCGUCUAUCCGGCUCGGGGGCCACGGAAAUACUGGUUUAUGAUCAAGGAUAAUGAACAUAUCAAAUUUGAACAAUUUCCGAAUGUAGUACACCUGUUUGAUGAAGAACGUUGUCUGCGAUCUGGAAGAAAGCAAUCUGAACUUGGAACUUUUUUACAUGGACGAAAAGCAGUGCCGACGUGCGCGCAACGCGGAAGAACCAGACACGUGGAUCCAUUUUCCGAAGGGGAGUUGAUCAACAACACCUGGCAGCAUGCUAAAGAAGGAGACCUGGAGCAAACUAUUGCGAAGUUGGCCCGUCUUCCGUCAGCUUGUGUUCGACACAAAGGCACCCCAGUUGCCUUUGAAAUGUUGGAUCCAGCCGGAUUCUUCAACAACCAAUAUGUUUUUCCUGAACAUCGUCGAAAAGGACUUGGAGGGGCUGUUGAAACAAAACUCAUUCAACAAUGUGUCAACAUUGGCAUGAAACCGUACAAAACCGUCUCUCGCUCUAAUCAAUCCGUACUGGCAGCAACGUACAGUUCAUCGCAGUGGACUCACUGGAAAGAGAAUGAUCGACCUGUGGUC